AUGGAAAAGCUUCUCCAGCCCUAUCAAAUCCUGGACAUCCACUUGAAGCACAUCGAUGACAGCAACUUCCACAAGCGCCCAGUCCACAUCCCCCGAGAAUUCAAGGCACGCUGUGUCCACCCGCCUGGUGGCAGUAACAACAGUGGUGGCAGUAACAACGGUGGUGGCAGUAACAACGGUGGUGGCAGUAACAACAAUUGUGGCAGUAACAACAAUGGUGCCAGUAACGAUAGUGGUGGCAGUAACUAUACUGCUGACAGUGGUGGCAGUAACUAUACUGCUGACAGUGGUGGCAGUAACAAUAAUGGCGGCAGUAACGACAGUGGUGGCAGUAACAACAGUGGCGGCAGUAACAACAGUGGUGGCAGUGUCAGCAACAAUGACGGAAGUAACAACAGUGGUGGCAGUGUCAGCAACAAUGACGGAAGUAACAACAGUGGUGGCAGUGUCAGCAACAAUGACGGCAUAACAACAGUGGUGGCAGUGUCAGCAACAAUGACGGCAGUAACGACAGUGGUGGCAGUGUCAGCAACAAUGACGGCAGUAACGACAGUGGCGGCAGUGUCAGCAACAAUGACGGCAGUAACGACAGUGGCGGCAGUGUCAGCAACAAUGACGGCAUAA